AGGCCAGCCACAGAGGGUGAAAAAUCCAAGAGAGAUAUAUGCAUGCACGCAUCCCGGUACACCUAUAUUUUGUAAUCAUUAUACGCACUCACCAUUUUCUCUCUCAUGCAAUAUAGAGAGAGAAAGAGAGAGAGAGACAGACAGACAGAACCAGGGAAGAAGGAAGAAGAAUCUCUCUCUGUCUGCAUAUAUUAUAAAUAUAUAUAUGUAUCAGCAUGGAAGCUAAGACUGCAAGUCUGCAAGAGCGUCAUUAACCACCUUCAUCUGAGAUAUUCAUCUUCAUAUAUAAUCACAUCUCUUCUGGAACCCAAUCCUUCAAAGCUUUCAGGGCGGGAAUUGAAAUGGCAUCUGCACAGACACUGGAAAGCAUGUUGGGUUGCAGAAAAGCAGAGCAGCAAGAGAAGAAGGCGAAGGCGGCAUGUGCAGAUGAGCAAUCUGCAUUGAAAUGCCCAAGGUGCGAUUCCACCAACACAAAGUUCUGCUACUACAACAACUACAGCCUAUCUCAGCCCAGGUACUUCUGCAAGUCCUGCCGCCGCUACUGGACCAAAGGCGGCACCCUCCGCAACGUCCCCGUCGGCGGCGGCUGCCGGAGAAACAAGAGAUCCUCUUCCCGCCCGGCUCGAACUAACCAAGACCCAUUAUUGUCUUCACUCACCUCUAGCCCCAUUCACCCGCCAUUGAUGCCCUCCCUCGCCACCCUGCCUUAUGACAGGCCAAUCAUCUGCAACAACAACGUUAACCCCGCCUGCGAUGUUCUUGAAAGCUAUGGGUUAUUGGGCGGUGGUGGGUUUCUGCAAACUCCGGCGACCAACGGGCUGUUCCACAGUCUGUGCUAUGGGAUUGGGAGUGAUGAUCAGCAGAGUAACAGUGUGGAGUGGAAUGGUGGAAAUGGGGAAAUAAUAAUGGGGAAUUCUUCAUAUCAUCAAGAUCGGAUAUGCGGCAGCGGUGGGGUGAAGCAAGAGGUGUGUUAUGGAAGAGAUGAAGGUGAGAGCAGGCUGAACUGGGGAUUUCCAUGGCUGCUGCAGGGUGGAGGAGAAGGUGCCAACAACAGUGAUGUUAUAAUUAGCUCAAGCAGACAAAGCUGGAAUGAGAAUGGGUUUGGUCCUUAUUCUUGGCAUCAUGGGCUAAUCAACAGCCCACUCAUGUAGGAUCAUAUAUGAACAUUUUAUGUUAAUUCAUCAAUUACAAACUUGUGUGCUAGCUAGCUAAAAUCUUUAAUCUUUUCAAGAAAAGAAUGAUAGUAGUAUUUUGUUCGUUAUAUAUAUAUAUAUAUAUAUAUAUAUAUUUGUGAUUGGAGAAAUCGCACCAACUAUCUGAAGGUGUUGAUAAAGGAUACAAGGUUAAUAGACCUUGUGGCUUGGUUGAGGUUGCUCCUAGUUUGUUAUAUUCUUAGAUUAGACUGUCUAGAAGAUCAGAUUAGGCUGGGUUUAUUUCAAUUUUGAUUUUCAAUUUUUCUUUCAUCCUUCUCUAUUUCUGAAAUUGGGUAAAUGUACAAGUAAAUGAAUUUCCUAUCUUUCUU